AUGUCUGGACCUGGAGUUGGCUUUGAAUAUCCUCGCCGGGCUGUUACCUGGACGAAGCGGGAUGUCCUCCUCUUCGCAAACAGCAUUGGCUGUCAAGCCGAUGAGCUGCAUUUCCUCUAUGAACUGCAUCCGGACUUUGCUGUAUUCCCAACAUACACAAAUAUUCUCCCAUUCAAACUAGCAAAUACCGACGUGAUCGACUUCUAUCAAUCCCAGAAAAGCAUCCCGAUUCCCGGCGUCCCCAAAUUUGACCCGCAGCGUGUCGUUGACGGCGAGCGCAAAAUAAUCUUCUUGAAACAGUUACCCACGUCUAGUGAAGGCAGACAAUAUGAGGUAAGAACCAAAGUCAUUGGUGUCUAUGAUAAGGGGAAGGCAUCCGUCGUGGAGACGGAAACUUCUAUUGUGGAUAAAGAGACGGACGAGGUUUAUUCGAGCAUGAUCGGAAGUGCCUUUUUCGUGGGUCAGGGAGGAUGGGGUGGUCCAAAGGAGUGGGAUGCAAUGUUCAUGCAAGACUGUAUAGGCCCUAGUGCUGUGAACUAUCCAACUCCAAAGGGCAAAUCUCCAGAUGCUAUAUUUGUCGACCAAACGAGUCUACAAACUGCACAUUUGUAUCGUUAUCUAAUAAUGGCCAUGAUUGCAAGCCUCAACGGCGACUACAACCCCUUACACGCCACUCCAGAGCCAGGCCAAAGAAUGGGUUUCGGCGGCGUCAUAAUUCACGGAUUAUAUAGCUGGAACACCACCGCACACGGAGUCCUCAGAGCGUUUGGAGGUAGCAACCCUAAGAAUAUGCGGGAAUUUCAAGCUCGGUUUGCCUCCCCAGUUCGUCCAGGUGAUAAGCUCACCACUGAGAUCUGGAGAACCGGCGAGACGGUAGACAGAGACGGGUUUGAGGAACUUAGAUUUGUCACCAAAAACCAGGACGGAAAAACUGUUUUGAGUAAUGGGCGUGCAUUGAUCAAGGUGGUGAAUAAGAGCACAGACAGCUACGGGUAUUGA